AUGGCAGAAAUUCGACGACUUCAUAACGCUCUUCUGACUUAUUUUACGCCGGAGUCAAUAUUUACCCUCGAGACACUCAUUGGGAAUGGGCUGCAUGCCCUAACCUCCAGGGUGGGUUAUAAAGACCCUCAGUCGGGCAAGUAUAAGAGAUUUGUCGUCAAGCAGGUGCGGAGGAGUAAUCGCCAUGACAUCAGGGAGCUCAAAAAGGAGAAGAGAUGGUUGAAGAAACUUGCCCACGCACGUCACAUUGUCAACUUGGUCGCAGAUCUCCCUGACAACCCUCUCGGGGAGCCGUCAGACGACAGAGACGAUCCUCAUGGAGACGAUCUUCAGGGAGACGGUUCCCAGGGAGACGGUUCUCAGGGUGACGACCCUUCGGGAGGCGGUGAUCAGGAAGACUCCGAGGACGAAGUGGAGGUGCCGAUAGCGGAUAGAACCAUUCUGAUGGAGUGGUUGGAGCACGGGACAUUGGGAGAUUUUAUUACUCGAAUUAGAACGCGCCCUAAACCACUGCCAAACCGUCUCUUGUGGAGAUUCCUGGGCUGUUUGGUACGAAUAGUUAUAGCGAUGGCUUAUCCUCCCGAUAGACCGCCACCAGUAGGGAGCAGCCAGAGAAGCGAAGCGCUCAACUAUAUCAGGGUCGGUGAGGCUGCGAGGCCGUCUUUGUUACAGCACAAUGACCUCCAUGAUAGUAAUACCGACAUGGAACACAAUAUCACCCCGAUUCUGAAGCUGAUUGAUUUUGGCUCAGCUGUUGAACUCCCAUCACUUGACGGGGACCCUCUCUACGGGGUCCGGAGCAAUUUGAUGGACGUUGGUUUCGGCAACGCCUUUGUACUCGAUGAACGGCAGCCCCGAUCCUUGGCCAGCAAGCACAGACCCGGACCUGAAGAGGCUCAGGAAGAAGAUGGCGCUAACAUCAAGGAGCUGUGGAGGUCGAUUCUUCUGGAGCCACCACAAAAUUCGACAGCAGCAGAUCCUUUUGAGAUAUCCUCUUAG